UUCUAUUAAGGAAAAGGAAAGUCCUUCAGAAGAUAGUUCCUCAAGCAGAGAAAGUUCAAACCAAAUAGAGGACAGUAAAUCUGAUAAUAAUAGUGACAGUGAUGAUUCCGAUGAAACAGAUGAGAAUGACAGUGAUGAAAGCACAGAAAUAUCCACAACGGCACAACCGACAAUUACUGAACUUCCAACAGAACCCACUACCCUGUACCUGUUUACCACUGCUAGCGACAGGGGUGACAAUCUAGCAAACAACAUCAUGUUUUACAAGAAGGUAGCAAAGUUUGUAAACAGCAACAAAAUGUAUAAGGGACUGGACCUCUACAAGUUCCGUGGGACUGAAAAAGCAGCAGAGAGUCUGAACCUGGUUAGCAAACCUCAGUCUGGUGGCAAAAACAUUGCACCUUCAUUCAGCAGCAAGGAUGCAAAGGCAGAGGACAAAGUGCUGACAGAAAAACUAUCUAAGGCCAUACAUGUUACAUAUGACUUAGUGGAUGAGGACCCCAGCACUCCUGAGGUUAAGAGCCAAUGGCUUGACCAUCUCAGUAGCUCUCAGGAGAGCGACAGUGGUAUCCUUGCAGGAGACAACGUGGAGGCCACCACCCGCCAAGCAGCUCCCCAAGACAAUGAUGACAGCAGCCAACAGGAUAGUGCCUCCAGCCAAGAAGACAACAGUCCAAAGCAGAACUCAGAGGAGGAUGACACCAGCAACAGUGACAACAGCGAAAAGAGCAGCGAGGAGCAACAGGCCACACCAAUGCCAGAGGAGGACAGUAACAGUGACAAAUCAGAUGAGAAUUUAGAAAGCUCCUCUUAGGAGGACAAUAACACAGGUGAUGCUCAGUCACUGAAAUAAAAGUAAUGUGGUUAGAAUAUAUUGUAAAGAUAAAGUUGUGAGCAAAUGCAUCUUUCAAAUGCACACUGCAUUUACACCCAUUAUUACAUAAUAUCGAAUUUGUCCCAUUGGCCUCUUUAUUGCAAUUAUCAAACAGUAUAUGACAAAAGAGGUGGACAUUACAUAAUAGAGGAUCUUUUCUUCAUUAUACAGGUACAUUGCUGUAUUGACUAUUUUGUACCACAUUUUACCAUAUUUUACAUGUUUUACUAUUUCAAAUAAAUUGACUUUUUUAUUAUGCU